AUGGAUUACACCUUUCCGGCGAGCAACCCCAGCUCGUGUGGGUCAUCCUCCGGCGGCGCCACCACCGGAGCAACCAGAAAGGAAAAGCUGAAGAAAAACAGUAGCGGUAGCUGCGGAGGGAAGAGGAGCAAAGGCGUUGUGAAGCUCUCAACUGACCCACAAAGCGUGGCGGCGAGAGAAAGACGGCAUAGAAUCAGCGACCGGUUCAAGAUUUUGCAGAGCUUAGUUCCGGGCGGCACCAAAAUGGACACUGUUUCAAUGCUGGAUGAAGCCAUUCAUUACGUAAAGUUCUUGAAAACCCAGAUUUGGCUUCAUCAAACCAUGAUUAAUUUCGUUGAUUAUGAUGACUCUUCCAAUUCCACCGCCGCCGCCGCCGCCGUGAAUUGUGGCUUCCAUUUCGACCAAAUUGCUGGCGGCGAGUUCCAUAACAACGACACAAAUAGCUUUGUGUACUCCCAAAACGACGUCGUGAAAAUGGAGGAGCCCCCUAAUUUGUUGCCUCAGCUCGAUCCCAACAACCUUUAUUUUCCUUCUGGACAAGACCAAUACAUGUGCUCUUCUUAUGAUCCUUACAUGAACUUCUAG